ACUAGGAAGUAGUGAUGUACCUUUCAAUCAUCUCAACCUGUAUGCUGCUUUUUGCAGCCUUUCAAAUCAGCCAUGGACAUGUUAGACUGACUUUCCCACCAGCAAGAUUCCCUGACUAUGAUUUUCUGGACAAUGUGAGAACUGGAGGUCCUUGUGGAGUACCAGAAAAUCUUGACAGUGAGGUGACUACUUUCCAAGCUGGAGCUACUUUCAACGUAUCUUUUCAUUUGGCAUAUUCACACAGGGGUGGAAUCCUACUCAACCUUCUAUCUCCAAAUGGCACCAUUAUCCAUCCUCUGCUAGGACUCCAGUGGCAAAACUCUAAUGACUCAACUCUCCUGUACCAAGAGGUGACCCUGCCCACAGGGUUCUCAUGUGAGCGGUGUGUGUUUCAGCUGCUAAGACAAGCUGCAGAGUGGACUGCUGCUGGGGGAUACACUUUCUGGUCAUGUGCCGAUAUUGCUAUAGUUGAUUCUCCAGAGGCUGUAUGCAACAACCAGACCUGUUCAGGAAAUGGUGUCUGUUCGAGUGGAGUGUGUGAAUGUGAAAGACUCUACAGCGGAAAAUUUUGCCAGCAAAAAAGUGAGUGUGAAGAUGACAAUGAUUGUGGUGGCAGCUCCCGUGGCUCUUGCAUUGACUUGGAGACCGUCAGCUUCCCAUCAAUGAUGUGCUUUUGUGCUGCUGGUUGGCAUGGAGACAAUUGUUUAAACGCAUCCAGUCUGACUGAUGCCACUAUUGACCCUGCUGAAUACACACUCACGACGCAACUCAACGAGAGACUGACACUUCAUGUCAAGAUUGUUGGGAAUGAGAUUGAGAUUGCUCUAAAACAUAAUGGCACUGGAUACGUGGCUUUUGGAUGGAGACCCACUGGACUGGAUGGUAGUUGUCGUGUAGCUUCACCUGGAGCCUACGUUGUUGGCGCCGAUCCUAUGUGGCCUGAUGGCACACAGUUCCCGGUUCUUAUGGGCGGCUCAGUCGUCUACCAAUCACUCGACACGGCAUCAGAUGCUGGGGAUGGUGUGAAUGAAGAGGGGGCAAGUGAAGAGGGGGCAAGUGAAGAGGGGGCAAAUGAAGAGGGUGCAAAUGAAGAGGCGGCAAAUGAAGAGGGUGCAAAUGAAGAAGGGGCAAAUGAAGAGGGGGCAAGUGAAGAGGGGGCAAAUGAAGAGGGGGCAAGUGAAGAGGGAGCAAAUGAAGAGGGGGCGCCUGAAACAACUGCUGGAGGAGGCCCCCUUCAUCCUAUGGAUUGUACCGACAUUGUGAUUGGCGCUGCCAGAAAUGAUAGAUUCCGAAUAUUUGACUACUACACUCGUGACAGGGCCACUCCUCGGAGGGAUAGUUUCUAUGGUGGCCGUGAUGAUAUAACUGCAGCUGUUGGCAAAGAAGAAGACGGUAUCACUUCUAUUAAGUGGAGGAAGCCUCUAACGUCAAGUGAACUUGCUGAUCAUGACAUCUCCACUCAACUCAUGAGUGUUAUCUGGUCUUUCGGACAAGUCUACCCUGAUUACUUCCAUUUCCCUAGCUCUGGAAUCGAAGCCGGAACUGUCAGUAACGAACGUUUCUACAAGCCGGAUGAAAUCAAAUAUCAUGGCACCCGUAACCGUGGAUCGACCAGCAUCAACUUUUUCGAUGUUGACACGGACAGUGGUGUGGAUAGAUGCAGUGGCAGUGUUAGACGGGACUGUGCCAACAUGGAUGAAGAGUGUGGCUACCAGGCAAAAUGGACACAGCUGGGUGAUGUCGUUAGGUUCUCAAUCUCUGCCAGGAAGACAGCUCCUAGAACAGAGUGGCUGGCCAUCGGAUUCUCCAAUGACCAAGAUAUGCGUAUGAGUGACAUUGUGGUUGGAGCAGCAGAUGAUUCAGGAUUCUUCGUCACUGACAGAUAUGCCACGGCUAAAGCUCAGCCUCCAAUCGAUGCUAGUCAGGACAUAAGCGACUUUCAUGCUUCAGUCAACAAUGGUCGAAUGUCUCUAACCUUUACCCGCCCCCUGGAUGCCACAGACAGCAAUGAUAUCUCCCUCACUCAGUGCAGGUAUUUCCUGCUCGGAUGGGGCGGGAGUGCUGAUGUGGCAGCCAGGACUAUUAGUUACCACUCUCAGAUACCCAUCAUACCAAAUGAGAGGGUCUGUUUCUUCCCUCCUGAAAUAUGCCCUGCUGAUCGGUUUAGCGGUGCUGGUGCAGUUAGUGCGUCUCUUGUCUCCGUGCUACUUUGCACACUCUUUGCUAAGCUCCUCCUCAUAUUUUAAACUGAAAAAUCAUAAUUAUUUAACUUUGUUGAUGUUAUUUUUAUUAUGAACAUUGCAUAUAGCUUCGAGUGUUGUUGGUAUAAUUAUUAUAAACAAUUAUGUGUAUUAUGAACUCAGAUGAUUGCCAUGUGAUUGGCCAGAGACUAGCUUGCACACUCCUUGCUAAGCUCCUCAUUAUUUUAAAUCAUAAUUCAAUCAUGCAUAAUUAUAAUUUAUUGUUAUUGUUAUUGUCAACAUUGCAUAUAUAAUUAUAGCUUCAAGUUUUGUUGGUAUAAAAAAUUUAUGCAUCUUA